AUUACAGCAAAUCCAGGAUCAGAUCUGCUAUAACCUCUGGCACAGUGCGGUUUAGAAUAAAUGUAUUAUAUGAACAGGAGCAGAAAACUGUUAUUUAUUAAUUAAAUAAUUUAUUUAAUAGGCGGAAAACAGCGAAUCAGCGCGGAACGGUGAUCGCCUGGUUUCACACGGACAGGUUUAUUCAGCGCACCGGGCUGAGAGAUGGCGGACGUUCCGACUGACGCUCCUGAACAUUGUCCGGGCACCACCAGUGAGCAAGCUGGGAAGUCUUCAGCAUGCCAGGGAUGUCCCAACCAGACAAUAUGCGCCUCUGGUGCCGCCAAAGCUCCUGAUCCAGCUAUAGAGGAGAUCAAGUUGAAGAUGGCCACUGUGAAGCACAAGAUCCUGGUUUUAUCAGGGAAAGGGGGCGUUGGUAAAAGCACCUUUAGUGCACACCUGGCUCAUGCACUGGCUAGUGACGACUCCAAAGAGGUGGGUCUGCUGGACAUCGACAUUUGUGGACCAUCAGUACCUAAAAUAAUGGGACUGGAAGGAGAGCAGGUUCAUCAGAGUGGCUCUGGCUGGUCUCCUGUGUAUGUAGAGGAUAAUCUGGCAGUCAUGUCUAUUGGUUUCCUGCUGGGCAGCCCUGAUGACGCUGUUAUCUGGAGAGGGCCGAAGAAGAACGGUAUGAUAAAGCAGUUCCUGAGGGACGUGGACUGGGGUGAGCUGGACUACCUGAUAGUGGACACGCCGCCGGGCACCUCAGACGAGCACCUGUCUGCGGUUCAGUACCUCAGUGGAGCGGGCAUCGACGGAGCCGUCAUCAUCACCACACCACAAGAAGUGUCUCUGCAGGACGUGAGGAAAGAGAUCCGAUUCUGCCAGAAGGUUCAGCUGCCGGUGAUCGGCGUGGUGGAGAACAUGAGCGCUUUUGUGUGUCCCAAAUGCAAGAAUACCUCCCAGAUCUUUCCUCCAACCACCGGAGGAGCCCAGAGGAUGUGUGAGGAGCUCGGGCUGACCCUGCUCGGCAAAGUGCCUCUGGAUCCGCGGAUAGGGAGAAGCUGUGAUGAGGGAAAGUCGUUCCUGAAUGAAGUCCCAGACUCUCCCGCGGCUGCGGCGUAUCAGACCAUAGUGCAGAGUAUAAAAGAUUACUGCUCUUCCAACGCAACACCAGCUCCAAACUCCCACUAGAUCUGCAGGUUCGUCAGGUGGAGCGGUAUGAUGGACUGCGUGGGCAGUAGAGGGCGAAGUAUUGUCUCUGAGCUACAAUGGAAAUGAUUAUUGAAUCAAAUAAAGGUCACUUCCUUCACUCAGUUUCAUUUAAACCCCCCGAGAGUCCUUUAUGAUGAGUCUACCAGUAAAACUGAUCCACAAUUACUACUAUUAUUAAUAUAACUGUGGACUUUUUUUUCCAUAUGAAGUUUCUGUCCACAAUAAUGAAAUGCACUAUAUACAGUAUGUAAUAAACUCAAAUAUACACUGUCCUACCCACUCUGCCAGUUGUUGGACUUUUUGAUUCCUGCUUCAUGCUAAUUGUUUUGACUAGGGAUGCACCGAAUAUUUGGCAAAGAAAAUAUUUGGGUAAAAUGACCAAAAAAGAAGCACUUUUUAUUUAUACUUAAGUUAUACUAAACAGUAAUUAAACAUUUUACUUUGUUAACCCCUUCAGACCCUGCGUCCAUAACAUACCAAUGGACAUCAUGUAUAUUUAUAUUUUUGUUUAUUAUUCCCUGGCAACAAAAAAAACCCAAAACUUUAAAGUACAUAUAGUUAUUAUAAAGAAUAGUUACAGUGUUAUCUUGUAUUUAUUUAUUUAAGCCAAAGCUUACUCUACAAAAGCUGUAAUAAUCUGGAAUUAAUGUAUUAAAUUAAUUACUAAUCUUAUUAUAAAAUAAUACAUUGUGAUCUUUCUGUACUUUCUGUAACUCUCAUCAGUGAAACAUAAUUCAGGUCUGGAAGGGUCCUUUUGCAGCUCUGCAGCUCUCAAAAAUAAAUUUCAAUACAUUUCUCCACUCAUUGUAAUCACAGGACUGUGUGAAGACUGAGCUCACACAGUCUAAAGACUACAAUCUGUCCCUAUCAGCAAAUAAUCCAGCUCAGUAAACAUCACAAACAAACCACUUUAACUCAUCUAUGUCAGCUAGCAUUGCAUGUUUCAAACAAACCUUAGCCUGACUGUUAGCAUUGUGGAUAAAGUGCUUCAGUGGAGCCAAGGCCGACUGCCUGCUCUGUUAGCAUUCCUGCUUUAAACCGGCUGUUAUCAUCUCAGCUAAAUCUGCUGUGACCGCAUUGAAAGUAUUGUGAUUGUGAUUUAAUAAAAUCAAAAAGAAACAGUUUGGUCAUCCAUGUAAAAUGUGUCUAAAAAUGUUCAGUGCUUAGUAAAUUUUUUUACAUUAUAGUUUUUUUUUUUUGUUUUUUUUUUUUUUUAAUUACUUUCUCUUUUAAAAACACAAGACAGUACAAAAACUGACAAAAAUUACCUUUAGUUCAGUUUCGGUUUCAGACAAAAAAUGUAACUUUGGUGCAUCCCUGGUUUUAACACCUAUUUUUUCAUAUAGUUUUCAUACUAAAGUCUAGGAGUCUAAAGACUUUUCUUCCCAAUCUGUUCUUUCUAUUCUAUAUAAGCAGUUUUCUGGAUCAAUAUGUUUUUAGAAACAUUCUUUAUUUAGAGGUUCAGACAGGAAAUAGUCAGCUAGCUUAUCCAGAAUCUGCAGGGAAGUUAAAUAUUUAAGUAAAUAUUUUGAGUGUAUAUUUCUGUUUAUACAGUGAUGUUAAGGUCAGAACUGUAUAGAUAAUAUAUUUAAAACUGAACUGCCAGCUGCUGAUUGGGCCUUUAAGAAAAAAAUAUAUCAAAAUAUACCUUUUUGUAUGUAAUUGACUGACCAGGAUGAAUCUGAAAUGAAAAUGAGUGUAUUAUUGAACAUCUGCAUAUCGUUUGCAGUUAGAAUGAUCUGUUUAUGUUUAUUUGUGUUUUAUAUACUUUGUAUGCAAUGACUAAUAAAUUAUUUAGAUUA